AGGCGAGCGGGGAGAGAGGAGCGCAGAUCUGAGAGAGAGUAACGACGUGGGCCCCACGGACGCUGUGACUGACUGAUCAAUAAGCACCCGCAGAAGAGCACAGGAGGACUGGCAACCGCUCUGUCCGGGGGGGAAGAGAGUGACGAACCCGCGGGAGAACUGAGAGCGGACAGAAAAGGCAGAGACGACAUCAUCAUCCGCCCGAUCGGCAGAGCUCAGCCCAGGCUUGACAGGACCCUCAUCUAGAAAAGACCCAGAGGUGUAGCACGACUCAUCGCCUCGGGGGAGAGAGAAAUAGACCGGUUCACUCGCACCAGAACGAGCUGUAAAUUUGUGUGUGGAGUCAGUUGAACCUCGGCCAGUUAUUGAACUCUGAUGCACUGUGGGGACACCAUGGCCCUGAGAAGCUGCCUGGUCUGCCUGUCUGUGGUUCUCCUGGGGGCCCUCACUGCCCUGACAGACGGAGGCCAGCUGGUGAAAACCACCAGGGUGAGACGGCAGGUGCUGGAGGGAGAGGGCCCGGUAUCUAACCAGACAGUGAAGGAGCAGCCCAUGGUCUUCAACCACGUCUACAACAUCAACGUGCCCCUGGAGUCGCUGUGCUCCGUGGACUUGGAGGCAGCCCCCAGCCAGGGGGCAAGGGCGGAGGCGGAGGCAGCCCCAACCGAAUACAUGGAGCAGACGUCCGACCUGGACAGCCAGGUCACCUUCACCCACCGCAUCAACAUCCCCAAGCAGGCGUGUGCCUGCCCCACCACCAGCAUGGUGCAGCAGCUGGCCAGCCGCAUUGAGAUGCUAGAGAGAGAGGUGUCACUGCUGAGGGCCCAAUGCAGCUCCAGCUGCUGCGGAGAGAGCGCUGCCAUCGGUCGGCUGGACUUCGUCCCCCACUGCAGCGGCCACGGCAGCUUCAACAUGGACGUGUGCGGGUGCGUGUGCGAGGAGGGCUGGACCGGCAAGAAUUGCUCCGAGCCCCGUUGCCCCGGCGACUGCUCAGGCCAGGGCGUGUGCGUGGAGGGUGAGUGCGUCUGCGACCGGGACUUCGGCGGGGAGAACUGCUCGGAGCCCCGUUGCCCCGGCGACUGCUCGGGGCGGGGCCUGUGCAUCGAUGGCGAGUGCGUUUGCGAGGAGGCCUAUUCUGGGGACGACUGCUCCUCCGGGCGCUGCCUCAACGACUGCACCGACCAGGGUGUCUGCGUCAACGGGACCUGCCAGUGUCACCCGGGCUUCACCGGCGAGGACUGCGCCGUCGCCACCUGCCCCAACAACUGCAGCCAGAGGGGCACUUGCCGGAGGGGCAUGUGCGUCUGCCAGGAGGGGUUUGGGGGAGACGACUGCUCCGCAGUGGCGCCACCCGUCAACCUGCGUGUUCGUGAUGUCACUGAGCGUACCAUCGACCUGGAGUGGGAAGGGUCCGUGGUGGUGACAGACUACCUGGUCACCUACGUUCCCACCAGCCCCGGCGGAGUGCAGCUGGAGAUCAGGGUGCCAGGCAACGCCACAAGCUGCACCAUCACCGAGCUGGAGCCUGGCAUUGAGUACAACAUAAACGUCUACGCCGUUCUCAACAACGCCAUCAGCGUGCCCCUCAACGCCCAGAUUUCCACCUAUCUCUCCAAUCCGGACGGGUUACUCUUCAAAUCCAUCACGGAGACGUCUGUGGAAGUGCAGUGGGAGCCCUUCUCCUACUCCUUUGACGGCUGGGAAAUUAGCUUCAUUCCAAAGGACAACGAGGGAGGCAUGACAGCACAGCUGCCCAGCACCAUCACCUCCUUUAACCAGACGGGCCUGAGGCCAGGAGAGGAGUACACAGUCAACCUGGUGGCCCUGAAGGACCAGGCACGGAGCCAGCCUGUGACUGCCACCGUCACUACCCUUAUUGACGGGCCGAGUCAGCUGAUCGUGCGGGACGUCUCGGACACGGUGGCCUUCGUGGAGUGGACCCCUCCGAAGGCCAAGGUGGACCAGAUCAUACUGCGUUACCGGCUGGUGGGCACGGAGGGACCCAAGACCACGUUCCGGCUGCAGCCCACCCUCAGCCAGUAUUCCCUGCAGGUCCUGCGGCCGGGCUCCCGCUACGAGGUGUCGGUCAGCGGCGUCCGCAAGGGCAAUGAGAGCGACGCCGUCUCCACCGAGUUCACCACCGAGAUUGACGCUCCAAAGAACCUGCGGGUGCUCUCCAGGACGUCCACGAUGCUGGAGCUGGAGUGGGACAACAGCGAGGCAGAUGUGGAGGGGUACCAGGUGGUGUACAGCACUCUGGCUGGGGACCAGUAUGACAAGGUCAUCGUGCCGCGCAAUGACGGGCCCACUACCAAGACAACACUUACAGACUUGGUGCCAGGUACAGAGUAUGGCAUUGGAAUAUCUGCAAUCCUUGGGAGUAACCAGAGCUCACCAGCUACAAUGAACGCUAGAACAGGUCUGGACAUUCCCAUGGACCUGACCGUGACCGCUUCCACAGACAACACCAUCUCCUUGCUCUGGGGUGAGGUGCAGGGCCCCAUCGACCACUACAAGAUCACAUACACCUCGUCCUCGGGUGUGACCACGGAGGUGACCGUUCCCAAGGACAGAACCAGCACCACCCUGAGCGACCUGGAGCCAGGCACAGAGUACACCAUCACGGUGGCGGCACAGCGGGGCAGGCAGCAGAGUGCGGCCGCCACCAUCGAUGCCUUCACAGGGUUCCGUCCCGUCACGCAGCUCUACUUCUCCGACGUCACGUCUUACUCACUGACAGUGGCUUGGAGCGCGCCGGCGCCCCCCGCGGACAUGUUCAUCCUCAACUACGGCCCGCAGGAUGGAGGAGACACCCUGGAGGUCACACUCGAGGGCUCCAAGACGCAGGCCACCCUCAGCGGCCUGCUGCCCUCCACCCAGUACAUGGUCACCCUCAUCACCGUGCAGGGUGCCAUGACCUACGAGCCCAUCACUGGCUCAGUCUCUACAGGGAUGGACCCGCCUCGAGAGGUCACGGUGUCCUACGUCACUGAAGACUCUGUCACCGUCUCAUGGACCCAGCCCAUUGCACCGUUUGACUACUACGAGAUCUCCUACGAGUCAGCCAGAGGGAGAGUGGACAGCGUGGUGAUUGACAACGACGUGACCAACUACACCCUCAGCAACCUCCACCCGGCCACCGAGUACGAGGUCAAGCUCAAGGCCGUGCGGGGCAGCCAGGAGAGCGAGGUCGUCUCCACUAGUGUAUUCACAGCCAUGGACAUGCCGAUGGACCUGACGGCCCUUAACAUCACCCCCCAGGGGGCACUGCUGAGGUGGAACCCCCCUCUGUCCAGCGUGGAUAACUACGUGCUCACCCUCACCCACAACCAGGUUGCCGCGGACACCAUCCUGGUGGAUGGGACCAGGCAGGAGCAUCAGUUGAGCAAGCUGAUUCCCAGCACCACCUACGCUGUGGCACUGUACGCCACAAAGGGCCCUCUGACCAGCGGCACGGUCAUCGCCAACUUCGCCACGCCCAUGGACGCGCCCCAGAAUCUAACGGCCAGUGAGGUGAACCACCGGAGCGCCCUCAUCUCCUGGCAACCGCCCAUCGCCGACAUUGACAACUACAUGCUCACCUACAAGUCCUCCGACGGCAGCCGCAAGGAGCUGAUCCUGGAUGCUGAGGACACCUGGAUCCGCCUGGAGGGCCUGGCUGAGACCACGGAGUACACUGUGAGGCUGCAGGCUGCCCGCGGCCUUGAAACCAGUGCCAUUGUCUCCACGUCCUUCUCCACAGGAAACCGCCUGUUUGCCACGCCCCAGAACUGCGCCCAGCACCUCCUAAAUGGCGAAUCGCUCAGCGGGAUCUACACCAUUUAUAUCAACAGGGACCCCAGCCAGGGUGUGCAGGUCUACUGUGACAUGACCACGGAUGGAGGGGGCUGGAUUGUCUUUCAGAGACGCCAGAAUGGACUGACAGAUUUCUCAAGAAAGUGGAGUGACUACAGGACUGGCUUUGGUAACCUUGAGGACGAGUUCUGGCUGGGCCUGGACAACAUCCAGAGGAUCGCCUCACAGGGCCGGUACGAACUCAGAAUCGACAUGAGGGAUGGGCAGGAGUCGGUCUACGCCAACUACGACAGGUUUGCCAUUGGAGAUGCCAGGAACCUCUACAAACUUCGGAUAGGGGAGUACAAUGGCACUGCAGGGGACUCUCUGAGCUACCACCAGGGGCGGCCCUUCUCCACCAAGGACAGGGACAAUGACAUUGCUGUCACUAACUGCGCCCUGUCUUACAAAGGGGCCUGGUGGUACAAGAACUGCCACCGGGCGAACCUCAACGGAAAGUACGGCGAGUCCAGGCACAGUCAGGGUAUCAACUGGUACCAUUGGAAGGGCCAUGAGUUCUCCAUCCCAUUUGUGGAGAUGAAGAUGAGGCCUUUCAACUAUCGCAGCAUCAGCGGAAAACGGAGGAGGUCCACUCUACUAUAAUUACCCUCCACCCCCCAUCCCCCCCUCCCCA